CGUUGAUGAGUUGCUGUGAAAAGGCUUUUCGAUUUCAGUGCUAUCAAAUCACUUCAGUGGAUGAGACCUUGUCUACUCAGAGCCGAGCGUAUGCGUAGCUUGCCUCAUUAACUGAAAUGGAGGUUCACCAACGUUGAGAGUUCAGAAGGCGUUUUCGUCGACUUAAAUCUCACCGAUUAGUCAGUCCAGCACGUUAGCAUAGCCGUCAUCAGCCCACUGACAGGAAACGUCUCCAAAUACUUUGCAAGCAAAAUUUUCCGAAGAGUCACGGUUGAGAAAGUAGAGAACAUGAGUACUGUUUACGACGUAUCAGAGGCGAAAACGAAUGGUACAAAACUAAUACGACUUCUGUUUGAUGGAGGAACACACGUCCUACGCAAUUUUUUACAUUCUGUUUACCCACCGGAUAAAUUGCAGGGCAUAUUGAAAAAAAAUGAGGCAAAGCUUCUAAGGCUGAAGAGGAAACAUGUAAUAUCUGAAAACCAGUGGGAAAUGUUAUUUCCUACCUCCGGCGACCCACCGGACACGGAAACGUUCGAUAUUACAUUUUUACAUCUCUUGCUCCGCGAAAUUUGCCAUCUUACGGCUCCUUCAACUGGAUGGCACAACAUGCCUGCAGACGAUGAUAAUAGCCUGGAGGCAAACCUUGUCCGAAUAAAAUGCUUUAGAAAUGAGCUGUGCCACAGCGUCUCUACAGGAAUUGCAAACACUGAAUACGAGGACAAGUGGAACAAGAUUGCGUCUUCUUUAGAGGCACUUGAAAUGAGUGUCCAGAGAAAGAAAUAUGCAGAGAAAAUUGAGGCGCUGAAGAAAGAUCCCAUUGAUCACGAUGUCCAGCGGCGCCUGGAAGAACAAGCUAAGAUAUGGGAAAAGGUGCGGGAACAAGAAAAGAUUGACACGACGAUUUUCAGCACCCGAAGCUGUCUACCGGACAGAAUACCAGAAGAAUGCGUAUUUGGCCGCAACCAAGAAAUAGAGCGUGUCAAGAAAAUGGCUGAGGGUGGGGACAUCGCUGUUGUCCUGGUUACUGGUGGACCUGGAUUUGGAAAGACGACUGUGGCUAAAAGAGUGGCUCAUGAAUUGGCAAAAUCAGAGAAGGAAGGGACUGUGCUAUUUUGUGGUUUACUAACGAAGACAAAUUUCAACGAAGUGGCAGUAGAAAUGAUCAAUUCUUGUAGUACAAACAGCACGCAAGUACCAGAGAAUCCGGGGCAGUGGUUAAGAGACUGGAGCAAACGAGUUCAAAACCAGGUCACGUUUGUUCUUGACAAUGCAGAUAGCGUCCUUGAGUCGAGCGAUCGAGAAUCAUUUAUAAGCAUCUUAUCUGACGUAAGAAAGUUAUCGAGGCAAAAGGUGGCAUUUGUCAUAACUGCAAGGAAAACAUUUGAGAAUCCCGACCUGCAGUCUUGCGAAGUCAGAUUGGGCCCUUUGUCCGCCGAACAGGCAAGAAAUCUCCUCAUUUCUAGGGUGAAAGUCUAUGGAGAUGCUCCGCAGAACCUUUCCAGGGCAGAUUACAUCGCCAAAAAUCUAUGUGGCUGCGUCCCUCUAGCACUUUGCAUCGUUGGAUCCUUGCUAUCAGACUAUUCUGAAGAAACGCUCAUAGAAAGCCUUGAAAAGGAACCAUUAGCGGUUUUAGAGGACGACCAAAGAUCUGUUGAAAAGGCCAUCAAGACUUCGUUUGACCUUUUGAACAAACCCGAACAAGAGACUUUCAUUCUCUUAUCUUUGUUCCAAGGUCCAUUUGAUCUUAAUGCAGUCCAAGCUGUGACGAAGGCGGAAUGUUCAAUCUCCGGGGCUUUGCCUAUCUCCAUCCUGCGCUCAUUAAAAAAUAGAUCUCUUGUGGAGAAGCCUUAUUUCCACAGAUAUCAGAUGCAUCCACUCAUUCAGUCAUAUGCAAAGAAGAUUGGUCGAGACAAGUAUGACAAACUUUUGGCAAUGGGCGAAGAACUGGCUUGUGUACACUUUAUGUUGCGCCUUGCGAAUAAUGCUAAUAGUUACUGGGGUAAGAACACCUGCAAGGAUUCCCUUGUAUCAUUUCAGGAAGACAAGUACAACUUCGAAUAUUUUCUUCAAAUUUACGCUCGAGGUAGGGAAGAACAAGAUCCAGAGAUCGUGAAUGGCUGUGAACUCUUUCUGAACAGUUUUCCGCAGAAAUGCAUGUAUUUGGAAAGAUGUCUUCAUCCAAGGUUCUACACUGAGAUCCUUGAAAGAUUAUUGAAAACAUUUGACUCUGGAAUCCAACCAGUGUAUGUGGUAGAUCUUUUGUGUCUUCUUGGUCAUGAAUACAGGAAAAAAGGAGAACAAGAGAAGUACAAAGAAGUCAUGGAUAGAGCGGAACAAAUUCGUUUGGUGAGUGACGCUGCAUUCGCGACAAAACCGCUAUCAGAAGUCUAUUUUCACAACAGCAAUGCUCGCUUCCUUUCAUAUAAAAAAGACAUUAAAGAGAACAAACGGAUUGAAGAGGAGACUGCAAUGGCUUUGAAAAUAUCCGGUGAACAGCUUCAUGAUCAUCCGGAAAGAGCAGCGACUCUCCUCCUUUCAGGAAUUAUUUCAAAGCGCUGCAAGCAGUUCGAUGCGGCCAAAAAACUGUUCAAAGAAGCGUUGGAACUCUUUCAAAAGAGCCUUGAGAUACAUUUUAUGACUGCCGAAACCCUAAAGGCCACUGGAGACUUUUACUUCUUUCUUGCUGAAAAGUCCGAAGUCGACUUUGAAAUCUGUCUUUAUUAUUAUAAAGCUGCUUUGGAAAUGUUCGACGUCCUAGGAGUGGGUGGAAGCAAAGAGAGCAUCUUGACGCUAAAGAAUUUUGGAAUUUGUCACAUGAAAAGUGAAAACUUUGACGAGGCAAUGAAUCUUCUCUCGAAAGCAGAGCAAAUUGCUGAACGAGAGUUAGAAGAGGACCAUACUUGGAAAGUCUCUAUAAAGACUUCACUGGCCCUCUUGCUCGAGAAGAUGAAUUACGUAGAGCGGGCGAUAAAAGUAAUGCAGGAGGGACUGUUAAUGGGAAAAUUACUGAAUCUGACCAUUGACAAGAUGGGAAACAAAGACCAACUUCGAGAAUUUCUAAACCGGUAUCCAGAGAAGUUCCCCGAGACUGAAUUCCCAAGAAGUGUUGCCAGUCGAAAAGGCCAUCGAUUCGAACAGCCCCAUGGGAAGUGAAAAGCUGGCUUUGGAAGAGGAAGGCAUCAAUCAGAAAAUUAAGUAAAAGGGUUGUUACUUAUGGAGAAAAAUUUAAAUGAUAGCAAUGAAAACUCGAAAACUCCUAAACUGAAUCUUUAAGAUGCGCAAACCAUGAUGAAAAGGAAUCAAUCAAUCAAUGAAAUGACUGCUGCAAAUCGAAUUUACUGUAAUAGUUUUUCAACAAGAGAAAAUAGGGAUCUCUUGGAAACAACCAUUAAUCUCUUAAUAUAACUUUUUCCUCAUAUGUGAAAAAAAAAAUUUACUCAUUCUAAUGUGAGAACCCAGUUACUGACGAUUAGCUUACCAAUCAAAUAUGCUCUGAGGUGAGCUAAAAAAAUUUGUUGUCAUUUUGUUUCAAGGAAUGUGCAUUUAUUGAUUAAGUCUCUCCACUGAAUCGUGUGGACCGAUUUGUCAGAAAUUCACAAUAUGGUUCAGCACUGAGUCCAAUGGAAGGCAUGAAAUCUUACAGUCAUUUCGUUUUGUAAAUGUGGUUGUCUAGCAAAUAAGCACGGAGUCAUCACUGUUAUUGCCAAUAGGCCAAAAGAGGCUGGUGAGCUCAUUUUAACCAUAAAAUUGCGCCCUUUUUGCACCUGAACAAUUUUUUUAGACUAUAAAAACAAGGAAUACCUUUGUGGAUUAACUUUGAUUUGUAUAAGGAAACCAAUCGAUCAAUCAAACCGUUAAAAUUGUCAAGCGCUCGAAAACAAUUCACAAUGCACAACGCCGUUUAGUGUCGGUCAGGUGGUUAUAGUGUACCUUAUCGUGUCACAGUGAACCGUAACCGACUCCUGUCAGUGUGCCUCGCGCUAAUAGGGAUUUACGGUCGUAUGAUUUUAUUGUAUUAAAUACUUUUUGUCAAAUAGAUACCAUGUUACUAUGCGUUUGUUCAGUUAUACAGUGGAACCCCGCCAACUCAGAUCGAUCCGGUUGCCCUUAACCCAUUUUUUCAGUCCUUUACUAUCAGCUAACUCGAACCCUCGGUAGUUCGAACCAUUUUUUGUUUCCCUUGGGAGUUCGAGUUAGCGGGGUUCUACUGUAGAUAACAGAUGACGUCAAAUGUAGUAAAGACCAUAUGAGGCGCAGCCUCAAAAAGUGUUCAACAGUCUAGUUCCUUUUUAAGGAAAAAUUCAUUUAACUUGUAACCUUUGAACAGUGCAUGAUAAAAUACUGUCUUUUGGUCUCCACAUCUUUCGAUGUCUGGGUUGUUUGAUUUCUUAUGCUCCACCAGUUAAAAUUUCACGAUCGUGUCCUCUCUAAGUUAAGUUUCAUCAUAACUUUCUGUAAUACGGAAGCUGUGCACUGGCGCCAAUCCCAUGACGUCAUAUGCUUAAGCUAAAUAGACCCGCAGUACCUCGUCCCUGUUUGACUGAUUUGUAUUCUUGAAUAGAGCAUGUAAAAGUGAUCAAAACUCAUAAGUAACUAAAACGAUUGUAUUAAUCAUUCAGAUUUUA